GACUCGCGCAGACGUCACCGUCAACACAGUCACGUUAGUGUAUUUUGAUGUGUCUUGUGUGAUUCAGCUCGUUGUGUUUCCCGUGUUUUGGGGAACCGAUCUCUGUGCCGCAGCAGCAGCUCCAGGUGACAUCUGAGGAGCAUGGCGGACGGUCCAGAGGCUGAUGUUGACGACCCGCCCAGUAUCAACUUCCCUCCGCUCAUCACUGUGUCUGAUCUGCCCAGUGCCACUGCUGCAGGCCGUAACCUAAAGGAAUGGCUCCAGGAGCAGUUCUGCGACAAACCUCUGGAGCAGGAUGACAUGCGGCUGCACAAUGCAGCCUACGUUGGAGAUCUGGACACCCUAAGGAAUCUACUGCAGGAAGACAGCUUUAGACGGCGUAUCAACGAGAAGUCUGUGUGGUGUUGUGGCUGUCUGCCGUGCACCCCUCUGCGGAUUGCAGCCACAGCAGGACACGCUGCCUGCGUGGCCUAUCUGAUCGCCCAGGGAGCCGAGGUGGAUCUAGUUGAUGUAAAAGGUCAGACAGCCCUUUAUGUCGCGGUGGUGAAUGGUCACCUGGACUGCGUCAGGAUCCUCCUUGAAGCCGGAGCCGAUCCUAACGGAAGUCGGCACCAUCGUAGCACCCCGCUGUACCAUGCAGCACGAGUGGGAAGGCUGGACAUACUGCAGGAGCUCAUCAGGUUUCAUGCUGAUGUAGACAUGGACCACCAGCUGGGUCCCCGGCUCCUCUUAAGUGCUCGCACCCUCAACACUCUGGUGGUGUGUCCUCUCUACAUCAGCGCUGCCUACCACCACCUCCACUGUUUCCGGCUGCUGCUCCAGGCCGGCGCUCAGCCUGAUUUUAACUACACAGGGCCCGUCUGCCAAGAGGCCCUGACUCGCGGCCUGGCCUCCUGCCUGCUGGAUGCUGUGCUGCGACACGGGUGUGAGGUGGCCUUCAUCCACCUGCUGCUGGACCACGGGGCCAACCCGGCCCUCGUGCCCUGGGACGGGUCAGAGUUGGAGGCUCCCAAUCGGAGGAAGGUGGAUCAGGAGGCACUCAGGGUCUUUCUGGAGGCGAGAAGAAGCCCUCGUAGGCUGACACACCUGUGUCGCAUCAGGAUUCGCAGAGCGAUGGGCAAAAAUCGUCUAAACAGCAUACCGUCAUUACCGCUACCACAACCAAUCAAGAACUUCCUGCUUCACCAAAACUGACAGCCAUCCACCGUCUCUUCUUCUACAGCACUCUUCCAACCCAAACCUAAAUAAACCCAACCCCAUGAUAGAGAAUUAUGUGAACCCAGUUUGCUUACUGCUUAUUAUUUUCUAAGAGUAAACAGUUAAUAUUAUUUUUUAAAAAUUUUGAGGUUAACAGUUCUGUAAUACUCUUUUCUUCCUAUUAUUUGUAAUUAUUUAUUGAAAUGCUUCUGAAAGGAUCAGAGAAGCCUUAGUAUGUUUUAACUUGUGGAAAUAUACCGGUAUAUGUA